CGGAAUCCAUCGGAAGGAAGCAUAGAAGACUGAGAGAGGGAGCAACCGGAGAAAAACUGGAGAAAGAAGGAUAAGGUGGAGGUUGUCGUUGAGAGAGUACUGUUCAUCAUCUUCUUCAACUUUGACGCAGCGGCUAUAGUACAUCCGAAUUUCAUCAAAUCUUCAUACAUUUUUUCUUAAUUAAGAAGGGCAUGCUAAUUUACUCUCUAGAGUUUUUUCUUCCGUCAAUUUCCAGAGGCUGAGCCUAUGCAAAUUCAUAGCACAUGAAGGGAGACAACACUGAGAGAUGGAGCAAUGAUGCCAAGAAUCCUCCUAUCCUACUAUUUACAAUAGGAGCAUGAAAAAUUGCCUCCCAAAUGCUAUAUCAAUCGUCUCACCCACGAUCUCUCACAUAAGUAGACGCAUGAUCUCGCAUCGCCACCCAAAUCCAAGGAGAGCUAUGUGUAGCUCUCAACCAUACCUGAUUUUUCUUCACUAUCGCUGAGCCGGAAGGGAGACGAUGAUUUUGGCCUACCUCUUGGAUGACGGUGACUGUGGCUGUGAACUUGAUGGCUUACCUUUGCUGCAUUAUUUUGGCUUACCUCUUGGAUAACGGGCAAAACUAAAGAUGAACUGUCAAGGACAACUUCGGGAGCCAGAUCCAUUCCUCAAUGAACUGACAAACAUGAUUGAGCAAACUAUGAAAAAGGGCUUUGUUUGGGUUACUCUUAAACACUGUAAUUUAUUCUCGAUAUUCGUAUUACAUUUCAUUGAUGCAUUAUUUAUUGAUUAAAAUAUUAACGUUCUCUAUCAUGAGUGUGCGGCUUCUGAUAAGUCCAAAUCCCAACGGAAUAAAAAUGAAGACUGCUGGGAAAAAAAUGAACAUAGGCGGCUCAUUUGAGCAACCGAUGGGAAAAAGAACAUUUCAACCAUGGUAUAUGCAGUGUCGAUGAUGGAAUUAUAUAGUUUCCAGCGCCUCCUUCGAUCAGCAGCGCCUCCUUCGACCCGUACAAAAGCUUUCUUCCGAUUGAAGGAGCGCCUCUCCUUCCUCGAUCGACCUCUCCUUCCACUCAUAGCGACCCGACGCAAGCACCUCUCCUUUCUCCUCCCAUCAACGCAGCUAUUCUUCUUCCUUCGAUUUACGGGCUGUACCUGUAUAAUAUAAUUUGCGCCAACAUAGUGCUAGUUUUGUGGGGAGUAUUUUUUUAAGACCUGAAAACAGGAUGAGUAUGUAACUUCGUCCCAAAAGGCACAGAGAAAGAAGAUCUGAUAAGACCAUCUCUUCUCGAAUCCGAAGUCGGAACAUUGGCGAUGAUGAACCCAAACUUCUACAACCGACUAAUCAGACCCAUAGUAGCCUCAUCUUCAGCGAUGCAGGAUUAUCGUAUACUGAGGCAGUAUCACAACAAUCCUUUGCCUAAACCGCGUAUGGUUGACACACGGCCCUUGAGUAUAAUCUCACCUAUCAAUAUCAUCAAGCCAGUGUGUGAAAGGACCCCGCUUGUACCUUCAUCGAGCAAACUUUCAACUUAUCAAAUACUUGGACCCGGAAUAAUCCUCUUGGAGGAUUACAUCAGCAUCAAGGACCAGGUUGAUAUUGUGAAUAUAUGUCAAAAGUGGGGCAUGGGUUCUGGAGGGUUUUACACGACAAGAGAACUUGAACGAUAUAUGAUGUGUUUUGGUCGAAAUUGGGACCCUGUACGUCUGCUCCGAGCCUCGGACCUCCAUCUUUGCCGAUUCAGCACCUAGUCCUCCGACCUCAAUCUUCUUCGGUGGCAUGUGACGACCCUGAACGUUGCCCCGAGCCUCGGACCUCCAUCUUUGCCGGUUCAGCUCCUAGUCCUCCGACCUCAAUCUUCUUCGGUGGCAUGUGACGACCCUGGACGUCUGCUCCGAGCCUCGGACCUCCAUCUUUGCCGAUUCAGCACCUAGUCCUCCGACCUCAAUCUUCUUCGGUGGCAUGUGACGACCCUGAACGUCUGCUUCGAGCCUCGGACCUCCAUCUUUGCCGAUUCAGCUCCUAGUCCUCCGACCUCAAUCUUCUUCGGUGGCAUGUGACGACCCUGAACGUCUGCUCCGAGCCUCGGACCUCCAUCUUUGCCGAUUCAGCUCCUAGUCCUCCGACUUCAAUCUUCUUCAGUGGCAUGUGACGACCUUGAAUGUCUGCUCCGAGCCUCCGACAAUUUCAUAAGGUUUGCUACUUUGCUUCAU